AGAUGAUUUAUCUUUGAAAAUUCUACGAAGUCCCACAUCAAGGCCCACCUGGGCACUUGGAAUCUUCAUAAUGGUUCAGUGCCUUAAUUUGGUGCCAUGGGUUUCAAGAGUGACCUGUUGGUUUACACAACAUUGGAAUGUGAAACCAAGGAGGAGAUGCUUUCUUCCAUGAACAAAGCAAAGGAAGAAGGAGCAGAUCUUGUUGAGGUUUGCGUUGACUGUUUGUCCUCCUCCCACCUUUCUGAGGUUGAACACCUCCUCAGACACAGAACUCUGCCCUCAAUCAUCUGUUGCAGGCCCAAUAAGUGCAUAGGCGUAGACUGGGAGAGCAAAUGCUUGCAGGUUCUGAAACUGGCCGUCCAACUUGACGUUGAGUUUGUCGAAGUUGCCCUCGAGGUGGCUUCUGACAUGGUGAUGAAUGAGCUAAUGAGAGUUCGGUCAAACAGCAAGAUAAUUGUCUCCACUUACGUCAACGGCGGCGGACCUCCCACCACCGAGAAACUCGGGGACCUCAUUAUAAACAUGCAGGCAACUGGCGCCGACAUUAUCAAACUUGUGAUUGAUGUUGCUUACAUUACAGAUGUGGCCCCGGUUUUCCAGAUGCUGACCCACUGUCAGGUUCCACUGAUUGCUAGGGCGGUGGGAGAUAGAGGUCUUAUUAGCCAAUUACUCGGCCCCAAAUAUGGCGCCUUCUUCGUUUGUGGAUCCUUGAAUGGCAAGUCCACUCCCGGGCUGCCCCCUCUGAAUAGCAUCAAAGAUGUGUAUCAGCUUGAGUAUGUGAAUGCUGACACAAGAAUCUUUGGAGUUGUCUCCAAUCCUGUGGGACAUAGCAAAGGCCCUCUCCUGCAUAACCCUGCCUUUAGGCAUACAGGGUAUAAUGGAAUAUAUGUGCCAUUGUUGGUUGAUAACAUCAAGGAAUUCUUUAGGGUCUAUUCCUGCAUAGACUUUGCUGGUUUCAGUGUUGGAAUCCCACACAAGGAAGCAGCAGUAGAUUGCUGUGAUGAAGUUGAUCCCCUUGCUAAGUCCAUAGGUGCUGUGAAUACAAUUAUCCGGAGGAAUGGGAAGCUCAUUGGUUAUAAUACAGAUUGCGAGGCUUGUAUGACUGCAAUUGAAGAUGCACUCAAAGAGAGGCAAAUGACAAAUGGCCAUGCAUCACAUGCUUCUCCCAUGGCUGGGAAAUUGUUUGUCUUGGUUGGAGCUGGUGGUGCUGGGCGAGCUAUGGCUUUCGGAGCCAAAAGCCGAGGUGCAAGGGUUGUGAUUUUCAACCGCAAUUAUGAGAGGGCAAAAGCUCUUGCCAAAGCAAUAUCUGGUGAAGCACUGCCAUAUGAUCGCUUGAAUGAUUUCUGCCCAGAGAAAGGGAUGAUCCUAGCAAAUGCUUCUGCCAUAGGAAUGCAGCCUAGGACAGAUGAAACCCCUGUUUGCAAGGAGGCCUUGAAAUCAUACGAUCUAGUAUUUGAUGCGGUUUACACACCCAGAAACACCCGUCUUCUGCAAGAAGCUGCAGAGGUUGGAGCUGCAGUGGUGAGUGGAGUCGAGAUGUUCAUCAGGCAGGCUCUUGGACAGUUCAAAUUGUUCACUGAUGGAUUAGCGCCCGAGGACUUCAUGCGCAAGAUCGUCUUGGAACAAUUCUGACAUAUAGCUCAAACAACACGAGAAAAGCAUAGUCUUUGCGAGAUCAUCAGCUAUAAGUCAGUAUUUUUGUUUACUUUACAUUGGCUUUCAACUCUAGCUUACUAUUCAAAGCAGAGAAAAUGGAUAACAGUUCAGCAAGCCCGAGUGUUCUUCAACCACGGCAUUGGUUCAUUGUCAGAUAGGAAGAACAGUAUGUGGUGUAUAUAAUUAUUGUAAUAAUAAGAGAAUGCUGUGUUUUGGAUGGUGAUUUGUAUCGAGAAAUAAAAUGCAAAAUAGCAUCA